GUGAGGUAAAAGUAAAUAAACAAACUAGUUUUGCGGCAGAUAUGUACAUGAUUUAAAAAAUUUUCGAGACUUAAGAAAUCUAACGGCUUAAUGCCUCUUAGAUUUUAAACUAAUAGUUUGUAGACAAACUGAUUACUGCCCUAAUCGUAUGAAUUAUAAUACCUUGCAAGGUUAUAAAAUAACUCUCACAUCUUAUCAAAAAGCCCGAAAGGAAAAAACAAAUGAGGAGGGACGUCACAACAAAACAGUAUAGUAUUACCCCCCGACAUGGCAACAGUAAAACAGCUGACAAAGAUCACAGACACCGCCGAUCUGAAGAAUCUGCAGAAAUUGUAUCUGAAGGAUUGGCCCAGUAAUUGCGUUGGAUACUUCUGGCUAGAUAAUUACUUGAGAUGGCUGCAAAAGAAUCCGAGUUUAGGCUACCUCAACUUUUAUACUUUGGAUAAUGAUUGGCAAAGCGAUGGAUUGUUUAUAUUGGUGCAUAGGUAUCAGUUAUUCUUCAGCAAUUUAAGCAAACAAAAAACCGAACUGGAGUUGGCUUUAAAACUCUUAGAUUGGUCCAAGGGUUUUAAGGUCAGUGCGAUUCACGAGACCCAUCAUUAUAUCUACAAAGAUCUGGUGGCGGAAGUCAACCUUCAAAUGGAUCGUGAAAUGAGCACCAUUAUGUAUAGUUUAACAUGCGAGGAGGCUGAAAAAUUGGAGAUCAAUUGUCCGGAGGGUUAUUAUCUUGAUAAAGUGCGACUGGAACACGCUGAUCUCAUAAACAAUCUGUGGUCAGCUCGGCAUCCCGGAUCCCUAAAACUAGUCGAAAUGCUAAUCACCUAUAAUACCAAUGUGGGUUUAUACGAAAAGGAAUCCGGUUUAUUAUGUGCUUGGUGCUUGAGACUACAAAGUGGCUUUCUCGGAGCUUUGGAAGUAAUCCAAAGCCAUCAACGUCGGGGGUUCGGAUUAGUAGUAGCUGCCGCUAUUUCCAAGGCUAUUGCCACCGAUCUGAAGCAAGAUAUAACUGCCCUGGUUAAUAUGAACAAUAAUGCAGCCUGUCGGGUCUUCGAGAAACUGGAUUUCAAAUUGAUCCGGGGAGAGCACUAUAACUGGAGCAUGAUCAAGCCAAAGGCAGGUGGCCAGAUAUCUUGGCCCAACAACGAAUAAUACCUACAAUGAACAGUACCAGACAGUUAAUAAAGAUAUUCAAGUGUUUACAAGGGCUAAACGUU